CUUUCCCGCAGAAAAUAGGGUGUCGAAUCUGUCUUAUAACCUCCGCUAAAUUUAAUACAAUUUAAAGAUCGAAGAUGUAUCUUUUAUGAUAAUUGUGGAUUAAUUCAUAUACAGAUUGUUCAAAGUGAUGUUGUGUAAGAUCAUUUGUGUUCUUGCGAUAAUUCUGUAGCGAUUUAAAAAAUUAAACAUGGCCUCGAAUCGAGGAAUUCAGAUUGGAUCCGCGUGGUUUCAACGGAAGCUCAACUUGAGGCCGCAGCACCGAGGCGUGCACCUCGUCACAGAGGAGAUCCUUAAGCAGGUGCCCGAGAUGUCUCAGUUCGCGGUCGGUCUCUGCCACAUCCAAAUAAUGCACACAUCGGCGAGCCUCGCGCUCAACGAGAGCUGGGAUCCUGAUGUCAGAGAUGAUAUGGAAAUGAUGCUCAACAAAAUUGUCCCAGAAGGAUUACCUUACCGCCACUCGUGCGAAGGCCCUGACGACAUGCCUGCACAUGUGAAAGCGUGCUUUCUCGGGUCUUCGCUGACUAUCCCAAUCACAGAUGGAAAGUUAAACCUAGGAACUUGGCAAGGAGUAUGGCUAUGUGAACAUAGGAAUCACGCUGGAAGCCGAAAGGUGGUGGUGACCCUGUCGGGAUGCCCACGAGAUUCACCUCUGUCACCGGUAUCAGCAGCGUCGUGUUCCAGUUAGGAGCGGGGGGGGGUCGCGACCCCCCGCACGCAGUCUCACUCGCGACCCUCCUCAAAGAGCGCCCGGAGGUAAACCCACCCCACCCCACUCACACCAAAAACAAGUUAGCAACAAAACCCUAGGCGAUAGUUCUUACUCUUAUCUUCAAACGACAAUAUGUACAUAAGAUAAAUGUUUUUGUAACCUAAGACUGUUCAACCUAUAGGAGUCAUAUACGAAGUCAUAAUAUGGUUUAACUUUUAUUUUAAAAAUAUCAAUGAGUAUGUAGGAUUUUUUUUCUUAGAUCUUUUUUUUUGAAAUUUGUUCGGUUUCUCGAUAAACAUGUCCUAUAUUCAAUGAUAGCCCUUAAUGUAAGUUUUCAAGUUAACCAAUGUUGCAGUAGUAUCACAUUAAUCAGUCUAAUUUACAUUUUUAUAUAAAUUUAGCCUUUAAACACCAUACACACUCAAUUACUUGAUUGAUUCAAAUGAAGAUAGCAUUGAAAAUGUAUUUGUGACAUAAAGACAGUUUAAGUGGUAUCGGUUCACUCGUUAUUUAAACAACAAUUUACUUUAUUUUCCAGAAUAUAAAGCUCAUUCAUAUUUCAAUGAUUUCGUUUAAGUUCAGUGCGAGUCAAUAUGGUGUGUAGGGAAUUGUACGCUAAAUUCAUCACUUGAAGUAAGUCUUCAAGUGAAGAAUUCUUAUGAAUACUUCUGAUGAAUGGACAUUAAUGCGAAUACAAACAGAUAUGCAUACCUAUAAAUACUUUCUGUGAUUUAUAGGUAUUUAGCUAAUUAUUGAUGAAUAAAUUAAUUAGUUUAGAAUUAAC